GUUCCGCCGUCUCUUGUUUUACACAAACAACACCUUGUUAGCAUCGCUCCUUCUUAUCAAACUCUCUUUUCUAAGCUUUCUAACUCAGUCUGACGAAGCUUCAAUGGCUUCCUCAACUCUCUCUAACUCCCUAUUCUCCACCCUCACUUUUCAAUCCUCUCAUUCACGUUCGGCGCUGAACACUGACUGCAUUUCCAGAUCUCUCGUCUUCUUCUGUAACCAAUCAAAGAAGAGACCAAGUUGCCUCAUUGUCAAUUGUUCAAAGGAUAAUAAUGUGGGGGAAAAUGUCCCCAUUGAAUUAAAGUACCCUGCAUUUCCUACCGUGAUGGAUAUAAAUCAGAUUAGAGAUAUUUUACCCCAUAGAUUUCCAUUUCUUUUGGUGGAUAGAGUAAUUGAAUACAAUCCUGGCGUAUCCGCCGUUGCCAUUAAGAAUGUGACUAUCAAUGACAACUUUUUCCCCGGUCAUUUCCCUGAGAGGCCAAUAAUGCCUGGUGUUCUUAUGGUUGAGGCACUGGCCCAGGUUGGUGGCAUCGUCAUGUUACAGCCAGAAGUAGGAGGAUCCCGUAAUAAUUUCUUCUUUGCGGGAAUUGACAAAGUUAGAUUCAGAAGACCGGUAAUAGCAGGGGAUACCUUAGUAAUGAGAAUGACACUAAUCAAGCUGCAGAAGAGGUUUGGAAUAGCGAAGAUGGAAGGUAAGGCUUAUGUGGGUGGUGAAGUGGUCUGUGAAGGUGAGUUCUUGAUGGCCAUGGGCAGCAGCAGUGAAUGAUAUGUUCCAACAUUUUCCAUAUUAUCAUUUUCUUUCUUGUUUUCCUUUAGUAGUUUUCAAUAGCGUUUGCAACAUGGACACAUUGAAGAGUUCGGAAUUGCUAUGUACUAUUUAUCUUCAAAUUGAAAUAACAUUUUAAAAACCUUAAGUUGGAUCUUGAUUCCAAUGAACCCUACCAAUUUAGUAUGAAAAAGAUACAUUUUGUUUAAUAAA